UCCCCGCCCCUCUAGCUAACGGCCGCCGCGCGCGGCUCCCACAGCGCGCGUGCGCGGCGCGGGGGGCGGAAGAGGCCGACCCCGGCCCGCCGCCCCGCCGGAAGCGGCGCCCAGCAUCCAUGGCGGCGCUGGGGAGAGCCGUGAGCUGCCAGUCUGGAGUAACUCAAUGGAUAGCAGCAUGCAGUGGAUUAUUACAAACCACCGUGGUCCAAGGCCAACGUAGAAGGAUGCUCUAUGGUAUUUUCCAGAGACGCAAGACUGGCCGAUUCCGACUGUCUAGUGUCUGUGGUGGAUUGACUCAAGUCCAUGGAGCCGUUACACAGCAAAAUAGGUCAUUUUACAAUACAAAUAAGCAUCUUUCUGCAAAAGAUUCCUUGCAGACAUCAGAAGAGAAAGUGGGUGCCUUCACAAGGAUCAUAGAAGCAAUGGGUUUCACAGGACCACUGAAAUAUAGCAGAUGGAAAAUUAAGGUAGCAGCUCUGCGCAUGUACACAUGCUGUGUGGAGAAAACUGACUACGAGGAAUUUUUUAACAGAUGCCAUAUGCCUGAUACUUUGAAUUCAUGGUUUCUAGUAGCCCAGCUUCAUGUCUGGAUGUGUCUGGUACGAAUGAAGCAGGAGGGUCGAGCAGGAAAAUACAUGUGCCGCUAUAUAGUUCAUUGUAUGUGGGAGGAUGUUGAACAGCGUGGUAAGGUGAUGGGGAUUAAUUCUGCUGCUCUAAAAGAAGAUAUGAGAAGUAUGGUAGAAAAUUUCUAUGCAGCUCUGUUUGGAUAUGAUGAGGGAAUCUUGUCUGAUGAUCAUGUUCUGGCAGCAGCCCUUUGGAGAAACCUUUUUAACAGGAACUGUGAGGACCCUAGGCAUCUGGAGUUACUCGUAGAGUAUGUGCGCAAACAGGUGAUAGCAAUUGUGAUGGAUCUGUUUACAGACAUGGAAAUACUGUGUGACCUGCUGGAAGCCUCAAGCAAACGGCAUGUCCCUGUGUACCUGAUCCUGGAUGAAGAAUACUUGAAGCAUUUUGUGGAAAUGUGCAAUAAAAUGGCUCUGACUCAAGACAACUUCCCAAACAUGCGCCUAAGAUGUCUGAGUGGAGACACAUACUACAGCAAAGCAGGCAAGAAAUUUGCAGGCCGAGUUCUGGAGAAGUUUACCCUGAUUGAUUGUGACCAAGUUCUUGCUGGUACAUACAGUUUCACCUGGCUUUGCAGCCAAGUCCACACCAGCCUGGCAACCCACUUCCGUGGUCAAAUUGUUGCAGACUUUGACAAAGAAUUCCGGUACUUGUAUGCUGAAUCCAAAGCAGUGACUAACUUCUGUGUGCCAGAUCCUGGGACAUUGCCCUCUUCUCAGAAUACCUCAAAGGAUGUUGAAUCCCUUUUAAAAGCUGCCCAGGUGAAUGACGCUGAAACCUUAAGCCCCUCAAGCAGCCUCUCAAAUGUAAGCAUCAGAAGCAUUAAAAUGUCUCCCUUUCUGAAAAACUCCACCUGCAAAGUACAGCAGGAAAAGCAAGAUUUGAGCCCUGAGUAUGCUAGUACAAAGGGCAAGGAAGACAUGUCUCUGAAGCCUACUUAUUCUAAGCAACAAGGGGAACCACCAGACUCCCUUCACAGUCUUCCAAAUAAGUCCACCCCAGCCAUGCAGCACAAACCAAAUCUCUACUCCCCGCUGAGAGAGGAGCAGAAUUUGCAGUCCCUUUUGGAGGGUGCCAAUAGGAAUGGCACAAGUGAGAACCAGAAAGGGCCCACCGUUACCUCCAGGGAAUGGACAGCAGACAAUGACAACAAUUUUUAUGGGAUGGAAAAAAGACAGAGUCCUGCACAAGGGAAAUUGGACCUGAUAUCUCCAUACAACCAGCUAAAACGAGAGAAGAAAGCUGCAAUUCCUUGCUAUGAUAAACUCGGUGAGGAAAUGCUGAUGGAAAAGAACAGUGUGUAUGGGGCUGAGAAGAGAAUGACUCUUGGGCACAGUAAGCUGGAUCUGAUCACCAAAUACAACAAGUUAAAAUCUAAACACAUACACAGUCGGUUUGAACUCUGACCUGGUUCUCGUAGUCCUUGAGAUGUCCUUUCAUCUCAUUUACUAAUGGUUGUUUUUCCCUACCAAUCAUCAUAAUGGUGCUUGAAGUCAAAAUAGGAGUGGCAAAUCAGUCUUGUUUCUAUUGGAAGGUAUCUGUGCUAUGCUGCCCUCUCUAGUGUGUGCAUAUCACUGAUUCAGAUGGGAUUAGCAAAUACAAUUUAAAUUUUCAAUUACAAGAUGAUGGCAAGAGAGAGAAAAAGAAAAAAUCCACACCUUUACUUCCUUUUCCCCAUUUUGGAAAGGACCAUUUUCCCCAAAGCUAAUUUGCUCUAACUGUAAAAUGUUGGACCACUGCUGUCUUCAGGAUGAACCCAGUUUUUCUUUGCACUCAGCAAUUCCUCUCCACCUAGCCGUUUGCUGCAAAUGAAAUGGUCAAAGGCAGGGUAGCUGUUAAAAAUAAAGGGGAUGUUCUGGUGGAAA